GCGAUGAAUGAAUGAAACGCAAACACUGGACAACCAUGGACAAGCUUGGAUCGAUCUCGGGGUCGUGGAAUGGAAAGGACGUCGUGUCCACGGAGCAGUUUGAUGCGACCAACGUGAGAUUCUUGUUCCAAGUGGCGGACCGGAUGAAGGAAAUGGUGGCGCGCCAAGGCACCGACGACACCCUUCGCGGCAAGGUGUUGGCGAAUGUGUUCUUUGAGCCGUCGACCCGCACGAGCUGUUCGUUCCAAGCGGCCAUGGUGCGCUUGGGCGGUGCUGUCGUGUGUGUCAACGAGUCGUCGUCGAGCAGCAAGAAAGGCGAAACGCUGUCGGACACGAUCAAGUGCCUCGAAUGCUACACGGACCUCCUCGUGCUUCGUCAUCCUGUCCUGGGCGCCGCCGCCACCGCAGCCGCCGCCAGCUCCAAACCCAUCAUCAAUGCCGGGGACGGUGUGGGCGAACACCCGACGCAGGCGCUGUUGGACCUGUACACGAUCUACCAGGAAGCCAAGCUCGCCGACUUGGACUUGUCCGGGAAAGUCAUCACGAUGGUCGGCGACUUGAAGAACGGGCGCACGGUGCACUCUUUGGCCAAGUUGCUUGCCCAUUUCAAUGCCAAGCUCAACUACGUCGCUCCUGAAUCGCUCAAAAUGCCCAAGUACGUGGUGGACGCGCUGGCCGCCCAGGGCGUCGUGCAGCGGGAAACCACCGACUUGGACUCGGUGCUGCGUGAAAGCGAUGUGUUGUACAUCACGCGCAUCCAAAAGGAACGCUUCGACACGGUUGAGGAGUACGAUGCCGUCAAGGAUAGCUUCCGCAUCACACGCGCUACACUUGAAAACGCCAAGGCCACGGCCAUCCUCAUGCAUCCGUUGCCCCGCGUGAAUGAAAUCGAGGUCGACGUUGACAGCGACCCCCGUGCAGCGUACUUUCGUCAAAUGGAGUACGGCAUGUAUGUCCGCAUGGCCAUCUUGGCGCUCGUCGUGGGUCGCGCCUAGACUGUCCUGUAGUUCCUUGUAAUGGACAUCUUCAUCGACACCACACUUCCUCUUUAGAGUGCAAUGGGACAUCAUUAUCCGGAUCUACGAGUGGAUCAUCCGGAUAACCAUCCCC